AUGGCCUUGCAAUUUCCAUUGGCGGCAGUCCUACUCCUAUUAUCGGCGGCUAGAACUACGAAAACAACAGCUGCUGCUCAAGCCCUGCCUGGCUGCUCUGACAAGUGCGGCGAUCUCACAAUUCCAUAUCCAUUUGGCAUGAACAAGGAUUGUUACCUGCGAGAAGAAUUCUUUAUCAAUUGUAGCAAUACCGCCCAACCACCAACAGCAUAUUUGAUGACAAGCAAUUUAACUGUUACUAACAUUUCCCUUGAUGAUGGUGAGUUGCGAAUAUUGAACAUGGGAGCUGAAGAUUGCUAUAACGCCCAGGGCAAUGUGACGUCCAACUUCCCUUAUGAGCUCAGCCUCCCUCUUCCUUAUACGAUCUCCUAUACCAAAAAUAAGUUCUACACCGUUGGUUGUGACUCACUUUCAAUUUUCCAAGGCUUCCGAGGGGAAGACGAGCUCGAGAUGGGGUGCAUGUCCAUGUGCAACAGGCUUGACAUUGUUGAUCAAUAUUCUUGCUCUGGCGCUGGGUGUUGCCAGACUAAUAUUCCCAGAGGACUGAAAAAUGUGACGGUGUUAUUGGACAGCCUUGACAAUCAUGCUGGUAUAUGGGAAUUUAACCCCUGCGGCUACGCCUUCAUUGCAGAGCAAGGACAGUUCAAUUUCUCUGCUGCAAGUUUAAAGAAACAGAACAACUACCAGCUUCCGUCGGUUCUUAAUUGGGCUAUUGGGAAUGAAACAGACUCCUGUGAUGAAGCUCACAAGAAGACGAAUUUCGCAUGCAAGGCUAAUAGCAUGUGCGUCAAUGGGUCAGUAGGUUACUUGUGCCGGUGCUUGCCUGGUUAUGAAGGAAACCCUUACCACCCAGAUCGAUGGUUGCCAAGGGCUUCAAACCUCUGCCAGAACGGACAGUGCUUAAAUACUUUCCCUCCAGGAAACUACUCUUGUUCAUGUCACAAAGGAUACAAAAACGACGGCAUGAAUGACAAGAGUUGCAUCGAAGACGAUUCCAAAAGACACUCAAAGAUCGUUCUCCUGCUUAUAGUUUCAUUGGGUGUAAGUGUGGGCUUCUUGGUUUUAUUCCUUGGAAUUUCGUGGAUAUGUUGGGGACUGAAGAAAAGAGAGUUCAUUAAACUCAAAGAAAAGCACUUCAAAGAGAAUGGUGGCUUAUUGUUACUGCAACAACUCUCUAGUCAUGGAAGCUCAAUGAGGACAACAAAAAUCUUUACUGCUGAAGAACUUGAGAAGGCAACAAACAACUACAAUGAGAGUAGAGUCCUUGGAGAAGGAGGGUAUGGAACAGUUUACAAAGGAAUACUAUCAGAUGACAUAGUGGUUGCCAUAAAGAAGUCGAAAGGUGGUGCCCUGACCCAGAGUGAUCAAUUUGUUAACGAGGUGAUUAUUCUUUCCCAAAUCAACCACAGAAAUGUGGUAAAGCUAUUGGGUUGUUGUUUAGAAACGGAAGUACCUUUACUAGUAUACGAAUUCAUUACCCAUGGCACUCUUUAUGAGCACAUUCAUAAAAAAAGAUCAUCACUCUCAUUUGAAUUACGAAUGAAGAUAGCAACUCAAAGCGCGGAAGCACUAUCCCACUUACACUCCUCAAUUUCCACACCAAUAAUACAUCGAGAUGUGAAAACAGCAAAUAUUCUGUUAGAUUAUGAUUAUACAGCUAAAGUGUCAGAUUUUGGAGCUUCCCGAUUGGUUCCUUCAGCUCAAACUGAUAUACAAACUUUAGUGCUCGGGACAUUUGGAUACUUAGACCCUGAAUAUCUGCAAUCAAACCAACUAACAGAAAAAAGUGAUGUUUACAGUUUUGGAGUUGUCCUAGUGGAGCUACUAACAAGCAAAGUGCCGGUUUCUAAAGAUAGAUACUUAACAAGCAUCUUUCUUGCUUCCAUGGAAGAAGAUUGGUUGAAUCAAAUUCUUGAUGAUGACAUAGUGAAUGAGGGAAACAUUGAGACGGUAAAGAAAGUGGCCAAUCUCGCAAAAAGAUGCUUGAGGGUAAAGGGGGAGGAAAGGCCCACCAUGAAAGAGUUAGAGGAAAUGAGUGUCACGGCAAAACAUCCGUGGGGAUUUAAUGCUAAUUUCUGCGGAGAAGAGAAUGAAUACUUGCUUGGGUCACUUAAUUCAGACGCUUAUGUUGUGGGUGUUGGAGGAGGUGACUGCAGUUCUAGUGGUCUAAGCGUUGGUACGACCAAUGCAUAUGACAGCAUGAAAAACCAACUGCAGUUAAUGCCAUACGGUGGUGGACGGUAG